UCAAUUCAAAGUCUUCCGGUUCAGUCGAAUGAUAAACUUGACCAAUAUACCAUAAACCAAACAAUUCCAACUGGAAAAAAAGGGAGUAAAAAUGGCGGAUCAUUUCUUCACAUUCUCGAUCAUUACCCUUUCUCUCUUCGUUGUAGCUUCCUCAGGUGGACUGGAAUCAGAGCUGGUAGCCGAUCUCCUAACUCUACAGGCCGAAUCAAAAUCAGGAGUCAUCCACUUAGACGACCGAACCGUAUCCAAAUUCCUAACCUCUCCCCGAACCCCUCGCCCUUACUCUUUUCUCAUUUUCUUCGACGCUGCCAAUUUCCACGACAAACCUGAACUCCGCCUCCGGGAACUCCGCCGGGAAUUCGAAAUCGUCGCCUCGUCUUUCAUUACCAACCACAACAGCUCCAACACCAAGCUCUUCUUCGGUGACAUCGAGUUCCGCGAAUCCCAAUCUUCCUUUCAGCUGUUCGGCGUCAACUCCCUUCCCCACGUUCGCCUCGUCGGCCCCACGGCGAAAUCCUUGAAAGAUGACUCGGAUGUAAUGGACCAGGGCGAUUUCUCCCGUUUGGCAGAGUCAAUGGCCGAGUUCGUCCAGUACAGAACUAAACUCACCGUGGGUCCCAUCCAUCGCCCUCCCGCUCUUUCUAAAAUGCAACUGGGUCUCAUCACUGCCCUUUUGUUACUCUGUUUACCCUUGGUCGCCAAAAGGAUCUUCGCUGGCGAAACCCUCUUACACGAUCCCAAAAUUUGGCUUUCCGGUGCCGUUUUUGUUUAUUUCUUCAGUGUUUCCGGUGCAAUGCAUAAUAUAAUAAGGAAAAUGCCCAUGUUUUUGGUGGAUAGGAACGAUCCAAACAAAUUGGUUUUCUUUUACCAAGGGUCAGGAAUGCAGCUUGGAGCGGAAGGGUUCGCGGUUGGUUUUCUGUAUACUGUUGUGGGGUUAUUGCUAGCAUUCGUGACCCAUGUCCUUGUCUAUGUUAAGGAUGCAACAGCCAAACGCUUGGCGAUGCUUUUUACGCUUUUAGUUUCCUUCUGGGCAGUGAAGAAAGUGAUUUUGUUGGACAAUUGGAAGACCGGGUAUGGGAUUCAUGGGUUCUGGCCUUCCAGUUGGAAUUAAAGGGAUUAUCAUUUUUUGUUUUCCCGGUUACUAUAAUUAUGGUUUUAACAUGGAGGUUUUAGUUGGCAAAUCGAUACAAAUUUAGAUACUUAAAUUGUAUAACUUUGCUUGGAAUUUUUGGCUUAUAGAACAUUAUUUUGUUAGAA